AUGGAAGCUGUAGAGGUCGUCCUGUCUACCUGCUGUCCUUUCCCUUCACUUCCCGAGAAAGUGUUGAACAGUUCCACUCAACGCGUCGGGUAUGCGGCUGAAGAGCUGGGGAUUUUUGCGAAUGCUGCCGCCUUGACCGAGAAGUGUCGCAGCAUCCCCGCAUUCGUCAACCAGAUUCCUUCGCAGGACUACCUCGAUAUGGAGAGACAGUACCUGGUGAGGUUCAUUUCAGACAGCUCCCCGGGAUUUUUCGUGCGUGACAUCCGCCUCACGCAGGAGAUGUUCUUGAAACAGUUUCUUCUGGUCGGCGGACUCCUCUCCGGUUUGGUCGGAGUGUUGUCACGAGUUCUGUGA